AUGCCCGAAACAUAUUAUUGUCAUAAAUGCAAAAGAACGGUAUCUGCGACACAACAACCCGAUGGCAGUUACCAAUGUAGUCAAUGCCAUGAUUAUUUUGUGGAAAUACGAGAUGAGCCCGAUGUUCCUCCUGUUAACAACCCUCCCCCACAAAAUAUAAAUGGAAAUACCUUCGUUUUUCAGCCCAACAUAGUCAGACUACCCAAUGGAACUGUAACGAUGAGCUUUCAAACUUCGAGUGGACAUAUAAAUAUGGACCAUAUUGGUCAGCUUUUAAGCAUGAUUCUAACUGGAUUUGAUCGUCCGGCCCCAGUACAGCACACAUCUCGUAGGUUUAUCCGAAAUUUAGUUCAUCGUCAUCCUACUGAUGCCGAGCUAGAAUCCACCCCUACUUGCCCUAUUUGUGAGAAUGACAUUACGAAGGAAGAUGAGAUCGUCUCUCUGCCCUGUAAUCACUUAUUUCACCCCAAUUGUAUCGUUCCUUGGAUUGAAGACCAUAACACUUGUCCCACCUGCAGAGCUCAACUGCCACUUAGCGAUGGAGAGGAAGAAGGAUAAAAAUGUUGUGUUU